AUGAAUAACUUUCAACCGAACAAUCAAACUAAGCCAACUGAAAACAAUAGCUUUGACAAUUUAAAUCAGAAUAAUCGAACUCAACCUGAGUCCUCCGGUUUAAUGAAAAUGGUCGGUCAAUCACUGCCAUUUUUACCUUUACUCUUCGAACAGUUCACUGGUCAAAAGAUACCGCAAAUGGGCGGAACCAUUGCCGAAAUGCAAUUAACUCUUUCGCAAGUUCUAACUAUGCAACAGCAAAUAUUAACUAAUCAGCAAACUCUCAAUCAAAGACUAGUGAACUUAGAAAACAAUGCUAGACUAGUUAGAACUGAUAAACGGGGGCAAACUUAUUGGAAAUUCAAAGAGAUUAGAAGCAAAAGUCAGUCGAAUAAUAACCUUGAAAUUAGACCGAAUAAUGAGGUAGUAACUACUACUGAUUUAGCUAAAACGGUUCAAGAUUUAAAUGAUUAUCUCCCCGAUUUCAAAGGAGCCUUGAAUAACUUCUAUGAUGAAAAAUUAAAAGACACUAUUGAAAAUAAAAGUGCGGAGUAUAAGAAACUGUUACAAGAAAACUUUGCUUACGGUCAAAAUACCCAAAAAGCCUUAAUUGCGAUUGCUCUGGCCCAAAUCCCAAGAAAAUCUAAACCAAAUAUGCUUAAUCUACCAACUAACUCCCAAUUAUUCCAAUACUCACAACAGAAUUAUACUUGUGAUAAAUGUCAGCAAGAUUUUCAGAAAACUACGGCUUAUUCCCCAACUGACAAACUGGAAGAAUUAGCCCAACAUCCGACUUACUGUCCGAACUGUGCCAAAGCAACUUCCUUAGUGCCAGUUGCUAAUGGUAAGAAAAAACCGAAAUCUAAAAAAAACACCGUGGCUUACUACCAAUGUCUAUCGGCUUGUUGUCAGCAAGGAAUUAGUCCGAAAAAGAUUAGUCAAGUAGCCUCCGAAUGUAAGCAUAAUAGUUUAACCAUUUUAGCCCAAAGAACUAACGAAAUCCAAAAGUUAAAUGAGGCUUAUCGGCAAAUUGGCGAAAGUUUAACUAGUUUGUUGCAACCGAUUAAAGAAGAAUAA